AUGGCCGACCACGACAUUGAGGGACGGCCGCCCAGUGACGGCGCCGACACCGCACCCGAAGGCUCGGUCGAUGCAUCCACCGGCGAGAUCGCCAUGACCGACGGUGCAGCUUCCCCGGCCCCUCUUGCACACACCUCUGCCGGUCGGACAGGGACACCAGUGCGGCACACGGCCAACGGCGGCGAGCGUCUGGAGAGCAGCAGUAGGGCGGCAUCGGCUCAUCCAGAGGCGAGCUUCACAAUACCGAGCGAGGCGCCGCUGCACGGCGCGCCGGUGCGGCAGUACAUCAACUCGAAGCUGACCAAGCCGCUACUGGACGGCAUGAAGAUGAUUGCGAAGGAGCAGUACGUAGCGGUGGGCCGGGCUAUAUCCUGA